AUGCCCGCAAACUUUCCAAUAUUUUCCCGGAAAAUUUCCAUGUUCAGCUGCUGUGCUUUGCUCUAUGAUGUUGGGUUGAAUCUCUUAGUCUGGAGAAAGAUUUAUGUAUCCUGGGAUUUUCGUUGCUCUCUGAUGGAUAAGGACAAGUCUCCUGCCCAUGGUGGGGGUUUACCACCCCCAUCAGGCAGGUACUCAGGUUUUUUGCCUGCUGGAACUCCUUUCAAUGUGAAACCCGAGCCAGCUUCAUCAUCAUUAUUUCCUCCAUUGGCCUCGGGUGCUAGUGCGGACUCAGGUCAUUUUGGUCAUGGGAUGUCUGCCGAAUCUAGUCACUUUAGUCAUGACAUUAGCCGAAUGCCAGAUAACCCACCAAGGAAAUUGGGUCAUAGACGUGCCCAUUCGGAAAUCUUGACCCUUCCAGAUGAUAUUAGCUUUGAUAGUGACCUUGGUGUUGUGGGUGGUGCCGAUGGUCCUUCAUUUUCAGAUGAGACUGAGGAAGACUUGUUUUCUAUGUACCUUGAUAUGGAAAAAUUCAAUUCAUCGUCUGCUACGUCGUCCUUUCAAUUCGGUGAGCCAUCAUCUUCUGCAGCAGCACCCGUUCCAGCAUUAACACCAGCAUCGAGAGCGCCCACUUCUUCUGCAGAGAAUAUUGCCAUCGGUUCUAAUGAGAGACCCAGAGUCAGGCACCAACAUAGCCAGUCGAUGGAUGGAUCAACAAGCAUCAAACCUGAGAUGCUGGUCUCCAGUUCAGAAGAUAUCUCUGCAGCUGAUUCCAAGAAAGCCCUCUCAGCUGCUAAGCUUGCAGAACUUGCCCUGAUUGAUCCAAAACGUGCGAAGAGGAUCUGGGCAAAUAGGCAGUCAGCUGCAAGGUCAAAGGAAAGGAAAAUGCGGUACAUUGCUGAGCUUGAGCAGAAAGUUCAGACCUUGCAAACAGAAGCUACUUCCUUGUCUGCUCAAUUGACUCUCUUGCAGAGAGAUACAAAUGGUCUGACUGCUGAGAACAGUGAACUGAAACUGCGCUUGCAAACAAUGGAGCAACAGGUUCACUUGCAAGAUGCACUGAAUGAUGCACUGAAAGAGGAAAUUCAGCAUCUGAAAGUUCUGACUGGCCAAGCUAUGCCAAAUGGUGGACCUAUGAUGAACUUUGCUUCUUUUGGUUCUGGCCAGCAAUUCUAUCCAAACAAUCAGGCUAUGCACACUCUUCUAACUGCACAACAGUUUCAACAGCUCCAAAUUCACUCUCAGAAGCAGCAGCAUCAGUUUCAGCAGCAUCAACUGCAUCAACUUCAACAGCAACAGAUGCAGCAGCAGCAGCAGCAACAGCAACAGCAACAGCAACCACAAAGUGGGGACUUGAAAAUGGGAGGAUCCAUACCAUCUCCUAGCCAGAAAGAUAAUGCAUCAGAGGUUAACCAAUCUGUAACGAAGGAUUGUUGA